AUGGCUGAAGAAACACCUAAGGGAUUAGAUUUUGAGUCGGUUGGGGGUCUUGAUGAACAGAUUAGAGAAAUCAGAGAGGUGAUUGAACUCCCAUUAAAAAACCCAGAGAUUUUUAGGAGAGUGGGAAUCAAACCGCCAAAAGGUGUACUAUUAUAUGGACCUCCAGGCACUGGUAAGACACUCCUUGCUAGAAUUGUAGCUUCAACCAUGGAUGUUACAUUUUUGAAGGUUGUAGCUUCGAGUUUAAUUGAAAAAUACAUUGGGGAAUCGAGUAGAAUGAUCCGGGAGAUGUUUGCUUAUGCUAGAUCCAAAGCACCCUGUAUAAUCUUUAUGGAUGAAAUUGAUGCAAUUGGAGGGGCCAGAUCAAAUGAUUCCAAUUCAAGCGAUAGAGAAGUUCAAAGAACGUUGAUGGAGCUACUCAACCAAAUGGAUGGUUUUAGUGAUUUAGAUGAUGUAAAGAUCAUUAUGGCUACCAACAGACCAGAUAUUCUUGAUCCUGCAUUGUUAAGGCCUGGAAGAUUGGACAGAAAAAUUGAAAUUGGUCUGCCCAAUGAAGUUGGGCGAAGAGAAAUAUUAAAAAUACACUCUGCUCAAAUGAGUAAGGGAGAGGACAUCGAUUUUGAAAAUUUGGUUAAGUUGACCACUGGUUUUAAUGGAGCUGAUUUAAGGAAUGUUUGUACAGAGUCGGGGAUGAUAGCAUUGAGAGAGGAGAGGGAUUAUGUCAUCCAUGAAGAUUUUGUAAAAAGCGCUAGAAAGCUUGCUGAAUCGAAAAAAUUGGAGACAAAGUUGGACUACAAAAGAAAAUAA